AAUGUCUGACGUCGUGCCUUCUCGCUUAUGGUCUCGAGCCAGGCUUCUCACAUCAUGGUAGAAGUCUCUGAAUUUACAGUCCAUAAGAUUUCGGGUAUAUAUGGGUGAGGGGCUUCAACAUGGUGGUGGAUCACGUUAGGUCUGCUCCAACUUCGAUUUUUUUCCUCGUCUCAUUGCUAAAACAUAAUGGUGCGUCUAAUAAGAGCUACGCUUGCCAUUUCUCUCUUCACAUUUACCGAUGCCCAAGGCCCUUGGCCUUGCGGCACCUGUACAAAUGAUUCACCAGAGCCAAUCAUACCUGCCCCACCGCCUUGGAUUCUGAAAGCCUCGGCGUAUGCAUUUCCUAUCAUUCCACUCGAAAAGCUUCCCUCGAAGGCAUAUUCUCCACUGGAGAAGAACAGCACUGCAACAAAAGGCACAUUUCUUGGUUUGACCGGUGCUAUAUUGCUUGUCAGGUAUACGGACACUCCUGUUGGACCAUACGAUGAAUUAUCAAUCAUCCCUGGCGUUUUCGGAUAUAUAAAGACGAAUUCGGACGGAAGCAGGACUCCAAAGGCUUCCAUUCGAGGAACUAGAUUCUAUGUCAGUCAAAAGUACACCAACUGGAAUGGAAGAGUCAACUGGAACAUCCCUAAGCAUUUAGCUAAAUUCGUGUGGACAGACAAUACCGAUGGAAGCAGUUCAGUAAAGAUAUACCCCUACGAUACAACGGGUGAUCCACAUGAAUCGACUCCAGCUACAUUGCCCUUCUUCCAGGCGAGCUUCUCACCCGUUACCCCAACGAUUCCGCUUCCAAUCAACACUGAUAUUCUUCGGUACCUUGGUCUAAGUCCACCCUUGAUUCAAGCUCCUCUUCCGGCCGGAGAUGGAAGCUACGGCGAGCUACCGGGCACGACACAGUGGGCAGAAACAUUGCUUGGGAUGUCUUCAGACUUUUCAACUCCGGGAAUAUUCGACAUGUACCAAGGCGCCGGUGAUGAAGUCGGCGAUUCGGGAUUCAACGCCGUAGGCGACGAGUAUUUCCCGAAUUUUUGGCCAAACAUACCGAGAUACAACGUCGGCAUCAAAAUGGAAAACGCAACGAUCUCGUUCCCAGUACCAGACAAGUGGUAUUAACUGCUAGAACAGAUUGAUCUUGUGGUUACAGCACGUAGUGAUUGGAGAACUUCAUGACUUGAUGUCUCUUUAGCAGGCAAGAUAAAUGUAAAGCCCCACCGAUGGAAUUGAAGGCAAUCAACGUUGGCAGAACAUCUUUUCGUAGUCGACUUGAUUGUUACAGUGACGGUUUGUAAUACUUGUAGGAAAGAAUGGAUAAGGCCAUUCAAGUAUAGGUAGCCGUCGCAAAGUUUCAUAUUACGAGGAAGCCGAUGUCACAGAGAACACCAUUGUUGUCAUCGCACUUUCCCUUUGUCCAGCCAUGCGAUCAUUCUGAUCACUUUUUUCCCCGCUCAUUGCAUCGU